AUGGCCACAGUAGACAACAACAUGCAUAUGGUCCGAGGUAUGUACAUUAAUGAACCAUCCGAAACAAAUGUAUUCGAUUACAAUGGAUAUGAAUGUACACUAAUCGAUCUGCACCCUCAUGUUUAUGAUUAUUCCAUAAGACCAUGUUUAUCUCACUUAUUUGUCAGAACACAAGCUUCAAGUAUUUUCGCUGCUACCAUUUAUUUUUUAGACGAUUGA